GUUUCCCGGUCACCGCCGUCCCAGCCGGCUCGCUCCCCGCCGCCGUUAUGAACAUCCGCAAUGCUCGGCCGGACGACCUGAUGAACAUGCAGCACUGCAACCUCCUUUGCCUUCCCGAGAACUACCAGAUGAAAUACUAUUUCUACCACGGCCUUUCCUGGCCCCAGCUCUCUUAUAUCGCUGAGGACGAGGACGGGAAGAUCGUGGGCUACGUCCUGGCCAAAAUGGAGGAGGACCCAGACGACGUCCCCCACGGACAUAUCACCUCACUGGCCGUGAAGCGUUCUCACCGGCGCCUCGGCCUGGCCCAGAAGCUGAUGGACCAGGCCUCCCGGGCCAUGAUAGAGAACUUUAGCGCCAAGUACGUGUCCCUGCACGUCAGGAAGAGUAACCGGGCAGCCUUGCACCUCUAUUCUAACACCCUCAACUUUCAGGUCAGUGAGGUGGAACCCAAAUACUAUGCAGAUGGGGAAGAUGCUUAUGCUAUGAAGCGGGACCUCGUGCAGAUGGCAGAGGAGCUCAGAAGGCAGCUGGAGCUGAAGAAGGGCGGGUAUGUGGUGCUGGGCUCCAGGGAGAACCAGGAGACCCAGGGCAGCACACGUCCUGGUUCCGAAGAGGCCUGUCAGAAGGAGAAGAUCCAGGCCACUGACGAUAGUGGGAGUGACAACAAGGAACCCAGCGAGUCCCCGGAGAGCACCGAUGUCCAGGACAGCUCAGAAGACUCUGAUUCCACCUCCUAGAGCCUGCUUAAGCCUUGCAGGUCCUCGGGUCUCAGGCGCAUCUGCCCCCUGAGCCCUGGCUUAGCCUGUCUACUCUGCAGCAUCAGCUCUGGGGUCAUUUCACAGUGACCCCGAUGGCUUCUCACUCUCAACAACAACCUUCCACAUACCCUCCUGGGAUCAUGAAGAAAUACCUGGACAUGAGAGCCUGCUGCAAAGGAGCCAAGGAAGUUUCAGGCCUGCCAUCACAGAACCUUCUUUGGCCUACUUACACCAUGUCGCCAUUUUAUUCUGUUUGUAGUAGUCCUAAGUUGAAUGUGGUUGUCUUGAAAGGGUUGUCUCUUCCUAGAAUGCCAAACAGGAAGCAGGACAAACUCCUGAAGCUCCUCUGCUUUCAGUUUUUGCCAUUAUUUAUCUGAGUUUUCAUCCUUGGGGGGUAGUCAGGACCAUCAAGUCAGACCUCAUGCCCCCUGCCUCUUCCUUCUUCCUCUUUUCUGGUAGAAGUAUUCUGUUUCCUCUUCCUUCCCCUGGGAACUCAUCCUCUGUCAUAUCCUCCCCUUUCUUGAGGAGGUAUUCUUCUCCUUCCCAGUGGGAGAAAGUGGUGAGUAAGGGCUUCUACUAUGCAAUCAGAACUUGGAGAUUUUAAGAAAAGGACAACUGGUAGUUAAAUUAGAUCUAAUUAGAUGUAGUAGUUAAAUUAGAUCUAAUCUGCUUGUUUGUGUAAAUUUGUUUUUUGUCUUUUUGUAAUGAUAUAACUUGCCAUUUAUUGAGUACUUAUAAUGCUCAGGCA